AAUGAGCAAGAAUUCGAGAAUAUAUGUUCACAAAUUGAAGAUUAUUCAAUCUCUAAAGGGCAUUCGUCACAGAGGUCAAACAAUAGGAAAUCGUGUUCAGCUUCCAACAGUGCCUCCUCAUCAGGCAGCUCUCAUCCUGAGGUAGAAGCAUUCCAGAAGUAUUUGAACGAACAUGGGGGCCACUAUGGUGGUUGGAAGGUGAAGGAUCAUUUGUUUUUUUCUGAAAAUGAAGAAAAAGUAUCCCUUAAACAAAACAGCAGAAACUGUCAACGAACACUUCCCAGAUAUCAGUAUUGAAAUGGUAUUGGCACAUGAUGUUUGGUAUAACGAGUACUCAAGGUUGAGAAUCGCUAAUAAGAGGGCUGUGGAAGAAUGGAAAAAAUCACAACAAAGUUUUAGUAAAGUUGAGGAGAAGCCAAAACCGGAACCUAUAUCACAAACUGUUCCGAUUAAACGAGAUCCAAGGCUGAAAGAGAAGAUUGAGAUUUGGAAAGCUCAUACCCUUGCUGCCAAGUUAAAAAGAAUGGAAGAGCACCAGGAAAAAGAAUUAAGAAAAAAGAGAGAAGAAGAAGAAAAGAAAAAACUUCAAGAACAGAAGAGGGCACUGGUGGACCGUUAUCGGCAGGAAAAACUGAGCGAAGAGAUGGCGAUGAAGACAGCUGAAGAAACAGAGAGGCUCCAAGCGAAGCAGGAGUCAAUGCAACAGGCAGCUACGCUACUCAAAUACUUCAGGUAUGAAGAUCGAAGGUUCACAGAUCGGCUGAAAGCUCGAAAACAGCUGAAAGAGCGAGAGAAGGAAGAGCCGAGAGUGAAGAGCUGUGUGGAGGUGAGGAGAGAUCCGAACCGCCUGCUACAGCCGACACUGGGCUGGCUUUACCACACCAGAAAGUGUGAGGACUCUGAUAGCUCUACUAUCUCUGCCCCUCAGCUACAUAUCCAGCACUUACGCAAGUUAGGAAAACCAGCGUGGAGGAAAGGUUUAACAAGCUGACAACUGGACAAUUUGAUUUCAUCUAAUUCUGGAUCUCACCAUUUCAGUUUGGCAGUGUUCAGCUGAUCUCCUAUACACCAGAGUACUUUGGAAAUUUAUACUUUACAAUAAAUUAAAGUCUAUUAUAAGUUAUUUAAAACAAUAUAAGUUUUUAUGUAAAAA